AUGGCGGGAAACUGGCUGGAAGCCCAGCCCUCACCCUGCAGGGCCUGGAAGGAGGACUGGGGUGAGGGACUCAGGGAGGCCCGUCUCCUGUGCUCUCUCCAGGUCUGCUACCUGUGCCACAGCCUCCUGACACUCGCUGGGGUGGUGGUCAGCUGCCAAGACAUUACUCCAGACCAGCGGGAAGAGCUGCGGCUGUUGUGUAUGCAGUUGGACCGUCACAUCAACACCCAUAUCCGGGAGAGCCCCCAGGCCAUGCACCGGACCACGCUCAAGGACCUGGCUACCCAGACCCACAUCCGCUGGCAGGAGCUGCUGACCCACUGCCGGCCCCAGGCCCAGUGCUUCAGCCCCGGGAAGACAUCUAAAGGAGCAGGGCAGGGGUGGCCCAGGGCUGCGCUCUGCCAGGGAGUGAACAGGACCCAUGGAACUAAAGGAAGCAAAGAAUGGGGGCCAGAGGAGGACCAUCUGAUGAAGCAAGAGCCUGCCUCCUCCAUGCCCUGACUCCCAGUGGCAAGGGACCCUGCCUCUCGCUGCCUGCCCCACCCCCCUCCCGCUCUCCUUCCCUGCCCAGCAUGUCCUCCUUGUCCUCCCACCCCCUUCCUCUCUCACGAAUGUGAGGUUGCUUUGUGCACACUAAAGCCCAGUUUCACAUCAGUGGUUCAGAUGGUUUCCUGCAGCCCCUGUCCUGAGGUCUCGGGCCAGCGUCCGGUUUGCUGA